UUUACAAAAUCAUUAAUCAACUUGAUAAUACAGAUUCAAAUUCUAAUUUCAGAUUAACUGAUAUUUAGAUCGUAGAUUUAAAUUUUGUUAUUUAAACAUGAUUAAAAACAUUUAACAAAAAAUGAAGAGAUUGAAAAUGAAUUUUGUUUUUCCUAAAAUCAGUCGACAUAACCAUACAGCUUGUAAAAUUUUGGGUAUUGAAACUAGUUGUGAUGAUACAGGAUGUGCUGUAGUUGACGGUAAUAGAAAUAUAUUAGGUGAAUCUCUUUUUUCACAGCAGCAGACUCAUCUAAAUUUUGGAGGUAUCAUUCCACCUGUAGCAAGAGAUUUACACAAAGAACACAUAGAUCAUGUUGUAAAUGAAACUUUACAACAUGCUAAAAUUAACAUACAAGAUUUAGAUGCUGUUGCUGUUACAGUUAAACCAGGUCUUCCUUUAUCUCUUUUAGUAGGAAUGAAUUUUGCAAAAAAAAUAUGUCAAUUAUCAUUAAAACCCCUCAUACCAAUACACCAUAUGGAAGCACACGCUCUUACUGCUAGAUUAACAGAUAAAAACUUACAACUUCCAUUUUUAGUAUUACUUUUAUCUGGUGGUCAUUGUUUAUUGGCAAUUGUUAAAGAUAUAAAUAAAUUUUUGUUGCUUGGGCAAUCAAUUGAUGAUGCCCCUGGUGAAGCUUUAGAUAAAGCAGCUAGACGUUUGCAGUUAAGAAAUAUAAAAGAUUAUAGACAUUGUAGUGGAGGUCAAGCGAUUGAAGAAGCCGCUACAAAAGGCGAUGCUAAAUCUAUUGACUUGGGGACCUUCAUGACUAAUUAUAGAGAUUGCAAUUUCAGUUUUUCUGGUAUUAAAAACAGUAUAAGAACUCAAAUUUUGAAAUUUGAAAAACAACAUGAUUUAAAAGGAGAUGAAAUAAUUCCUGAAAUCUAUGAUUUGUGUGCUAGUAUCCAAUAUUCUAUUACUAAACAUAUUUGUACACGAGUACACCGAGCAAUGGAAUUUGUUGACCGUACAAAUUUGUUACCAAAAUGCAAUCGUACACUGGUUUUAUCUGGAGGAGUAGCAAGUAAUAUGUUUUUACGUAAAUAUCUAAAUGCAAUGUGUGAUGAAAUGAAUUAUAAAUUAACCGUUCCACCACCUUCUCUUUGUACUGAUAAUGGAAUAAUGAUUGCUUGGAAUGGAGUAGAAAAAUUCAAAAAACAAUUAAAUAUUUACAACCCUAAUGAUUUCAAUAAAAUUGAUAUACAAUCUAAAGCACCAUUGGGAGAAGAUAUUUCUCAACAAGUUUCAGAUAUGAAUAUUAGAUGCCCUUCUGGAUUUUUUAAUAAAUUAUAUGGACAAAAUAAAUAGUAAAAAUAAUAUUUAAAUGAAUAAUUUUGUCAUAAAUAUGUAUGGAAAAAAUAUAAAAUGUUCAUAAUAGUAAUUCAUAAAAACAUAAUAGUUAAUAUGAGUAUGAUGUUAAUAUAAUAAUAUAACACUUAGAAUA